GAUGAAUCAUCAUUUACUAAUAGCGAUAUUGAGUUAAUAUAUAAGAAUGAUAUUGAGAUGGUCCAGAAAUCGGGCCAGACUAAUUUUGAAGCUAAUUUUAGCCAUAUGUCAGUAGAAAUAUUAAAGUUUUUAUGUCAUGAAAUGGGUGUUUCUGAGACAGGUUCGAAGCAAGAUUUAGUGAGCUGUUUAGUUAAUGAAAGUAGGAAGAGGUAUGUUUUGUCAAAUUCAGAUAUCUCUGUUAAAGAAAAAGUUGUUGAUAUUGAUAGUGAUAUGAAGGAGGUUCCUGGAGAAGGCAGUAAGCUCAGCUUUAAAAAAGCCUUUGCCAAUACUUUUAAUAAUGUUCUGGUAGAUUCUGAGAAUUUGGUAACAAACAGAUGUAAUAUUCUAUCUUCUCCACAGCUGGCAAAAGCAAGGAAUCAAUGGGAAUAUAAUGAGUGGUGCAAGGCGAGUUUGUUGUUAGAUAAAGCUCUCUAUACAGAUGAUAUUAAUUAUGUUCAACUAGCAAGACAAGUAGUGCUGGAAAGAGUUUAUGUGGUUAAGGUAGCUGACAAGGAUGGUUGGAAUGUGGUUGUGAGAAUGGUAUCAGGUGAUAUGCUAGAUCUAAUAUCAGAGCUGUUCAGUAGAAAGUAUGAAAGAGCAAGAAUGGAUUCUGCUCAGGUUCAAGUUUCAAGCUUGUAUAUGCCUUUGUUUAUUCAACCUCAACCAUUUGUCUAUCUGAAUUGGUAA